AUGGUUCCUGGCCCUCCACCGCCCCCUGUUCCAUCGGACCACUACCCACGGAAUACGGCUCCUGGCGCUUCUCUGCUGGAUGCGGUUUCUCUCUGUUCAGAGGCCCCUCAUCCUCCUCAGACUUCAUCUCAUGGUCAUCCCUGGCAUCGGCACUCUUUGGCCAGCAAAAUGCCUUCAGAUGGUCUCCCCCUACAAGGAAAAUGUACAAGCUUUGACACAGAUUCAACUGUCUUUCUCACUGAGGAGCAUCAAUCAGUAUAUGAAUUCCCAGAUGGAUAUAAUGCUACCUUUAAGUGCAUUUCUGGGUACAGACCGACUAAUAACCUAGUGACAGUAACCUGUGUUGACAGCAAGUGGACUAAACUGAAGUUAAUUUGUGAGCGUGUCACCUGUGAUCACCCAGAGAAUAUGAUGAAUGGAAAAUUUGAUAAUUCUAAAAAAUUUUAUUUUGGGCAGAAGAUUUAUGCUGAAUGUGAUAAAGGAUAUGUAAUGGUGGGUAGAAAUUAUAGACUGUGCCUUGCAAAUGGCAAAUGGGAUGGAUUUAAUCCGACAUGUGAGCCAGUUCCACAAACAGCAACUACUUCCCAGUCUACUACACGAGAAGCAAAACCCACAGCAGAGGUUUUGGCUCUACCGAAGUAUCCAUCUUCCACAGAUGAUAGUAGCAUUUCAGACGAUUCAACCACAAUGGAAAAUAACAAUUUUAUUCCAAAUGAAGUGGCAGAUGAGGAAGAGCAAGUUUAUUCACCUGGUUUUGAUUCAGUAUUUAUUGUCGGGGUAGUAGCAGUUUUAGUUUUGGUCACCAUAUUCAUUUGCGUACUCUACAUCCGUAAGAAAAACAAAAAAGGAUCCUACUAUUUGCCUUCAGAAGAACAAAACUUUGUCAAUGGAAGCAAUGGAAACCCUGAUGAGAAGGUGUUAACGCCUCAGGAAAAACAGACUUGGAUCUAUGUAGGUUAAGAUUUCAGGGUCUCCUACUGUUUGUUCACUGGAAUACAGUAUGUCUCAGGUGUGCCACAGGUAUAUCCAAGAUAAAGAAGCUUCUUCAUUGGAAUGUGAUUCUUUAACAAUGUUUCUGGAUCAGACUCUUCAGUUUUUGUAUAAAAUGUAUACAUAAAGUCUUUUGGGUUUAUUUGUACUUACUGAAUGACAAAUGGGGGAAUGUACAUACACAUCCAGUUCCUGAAAAUACAUCUUUAAAAGUAAUAUCAUGAUGUAUUUUUCUUACUUUACCAGCUAUAAAAAGCACCAAACUGUCACCAGGUCCAUAGUAAAAAUUCUCAAGUAUUUAUUUUCAUAAAAGCAUAAUAUAUGUGUAUUUUUGUAUUUACUGUAUUCUGCUAUAACAUGGGUGCCCACCUCAAACACAGUUUUGUUCACAUUAAGUGCUAACAAUGCAAUAAAAAAAAUUACACUUCUAUAAAUUUCCAUUUAGCUUCAUUCAGCCUACUUGCUGACACAUGACUUAUUCUAGCCUUCAAGUCAUAAUAAUCCAAAAGAAUAAAACCAACGUUCUGUUGCCUUCAUUGGGCAUUACUUCAUAUCAAAUACCUAAUAAAUUCUUCACGGACAUUUGGUGAUUAUAUUUAAAAACCUCAGUUUUUCAGAGGUCACCACAGGAUGCAGAAUUUCUUGUAUUUUAUACUCAUAAUUUCUUACCUAGAAAAUACAGUGAGUUGAUUGAGGUGAUAAAUAAGUUGAUUUUAAGUCAUUAAUUUGACUGCAGUACAGUGUAGCUUUUGAUAUAUUAUACCUCACAAAUUAGGUGUUGUACAGAUGAGUAUCAAGCCGACUUAAAUACAGAUGCAUCUUAUGGUGUGAGAAUUAUUUUAUGACCUACAGUGUUAGAAGUGGCUUCAUACAUGCUACUCACAAUUUUAGCAAAAAUAUAAAAUUUGAAAAGUUUUCUAAAUUAUAUAUCAAUACAGAUGAUCUGAAGGAUACAGUUGAUAUGUUGAAAGUUACAUUUAGCGUAAUAGCUAAAUUGUCUAAUGUCUUUUUAUGUAGUUUUUUUAUGUUUUUAUGUAGUUAUCUUGGUUUUCAUCUUCAUGACUCAUUGAAGAGUUCCAUAAUCCUUUGUAAGAAAACUCUUUCCUGGAUUCUAUCUCAAAUACACUUUCCCUUUAUCUUCAUGGAUGAUCUUCAGUAUGUAAUUUAAACUAAAAUUUGAAUCCCCUUUAUCAGUCCUUCUGAUAAUAAACACCUCAAGGUGAUACAAAUUUCCUUAAAAAGAUUUCUUAAAAUGCACUGAGAUAGAAAUUAACAUUUGUGAAAAAGAGGUGGUUAUAAUGAACUAAACGUGAUUCAUAAUAAGGAAAUUUGCAGAAGUAAUGCAGAUGAGCUGGCAGACUGCACGUCUUAGCUUGUGGAGUGCGAGACAGGAGAAGGCCUGAUUAAGCUGUGCAGCAUACUUGAGAAACUACUAGUAUUAUGUAUUAGCUUUGUUCACUGUAUUAGAAGACAGAUGUAACAGUUCUAUAAAAACAAAAAUCUAAAGAAGGGUUAACAGUGGUUCAAGACAAAACGGCAUGACUUAUGAUUACAUCCUAAACAAGUCAUGUUAAUAGAUACCCAAAAAGUGUAUCAUAUUGGUAAGGGAACUGAAUUUGAUGGCAGUUUAGUCAUGAAGGAAGUGCUUGUGGGAAAAUGUGUCUGACACUAAUGAAAAAAACUCUUUUUUUACUGAGAAGAAUGAAUAUGUAAAUCUAGGAAAACAGGUGAAAUAUUUAUGGACACUUGUCCAGUUUUUCUUUUUAUUACCAUUCAGGAAAUGAACAUUUGCAUUUCUUGACUUGCCACUAUAUUGUUACGCUGCUUGUCAACGUGUCUGUCAUCCCCCUUUCCUCUGUUCUUGUUAACAUUCAUACCACAAAACACUUUGCAUCUUUCUGAAGCUUCUUAUUUGGCCAGUUCCAUUUUUCAAAACAUAAUUCAUGACUUUAUCAAACUUUUCUUCCUUUUUGCUUUUUGUAUUUGCAUUUUUCUGGUGCUUCCUUUCCUUUCAUUUCUGAAACUUUCAAACUUUUGGGUGGUCUUCUUUAUAGAAGGAAACCUAUGCAUUCCUAAGACCACUGCCAUUGGAAUGAGCUCCGCUAAUUUGGUAAAUGAAGUUGAUGCUUACGUAUCAGUAUUGUGACAAAAAUUCCGGUAUAUUUGUAAAGUUGUGUAGUCGUGUGCAUGAAGAGGUAAUGUGUCUUGUUGUGGGUGCUCUAGUGUCAAAACUGGAAAACAUGUAUUUUUCUACUGCAGUAAUGUUAACAUAAGGUGUUUUUUAAUUAGUUGCUUUGUAAUUUAAAUGUACGAGGAUUUAUUGGGUGAAGCACUUUUUUUUCUUUUCUAUUUAAACAAUUUGUAUUUUUCUGCACUUUAAUGUUCAUAUCCUUGAAUUUUAUACAUUCUUUGUCUGCACUAAUAAUUAAAUCUUAAUUUAUUAAA